AUGUACCAUUUCUAUCCUAGCCAGCAUAAAGACCUCUGUAAUAAACCUCAAGGAGUUCGUACAUUCAUAAUUAAUUGCUUCAAAAGCAUUGUCCAUUUCUCGUUUUUGCGUGUUACCUCACUAAGAUGCAAUUCUCCCACCCAGUCCUUCACAGCCGGCGUGGCCGCCAGCCUCUCCACCGCAGCCUCCAAGACUCAUCAAACUUUCUUUGGACGCUCGGAGCCCCACAGACCGGCAGCACAAGCCAUCCAUUUUGCCUGCGGCCUCGGAAACCAAGUCACCACCACCCCGUGCCAAAGAAGAACACCACCAUCUCCAUCCUCUUCUCUGCCUUCCCCUUCCUGCCCUGAAUACUUCCGGUGGAUCCACGAGGACCUCCGUCCCUGGAGCCACACCGGCAUCACUCCCGACAUGGUGGCCGGCGCCCAGAAGUUCGCCCACUUCCGGCUCGUCGUCCUCGACGGCCGGGUUUACAUGGAGAAGUAUCACAGCGCGUUCCAGACCCGAGAUGUGUUCACUCUCUGGGGAAUCCUUCAGCUGCUGAACCGAUACCCCGGCCGCAUUCCCGACCUGGAACUCAUGUUCAACUGCGGCGACAUGCCCGCCGUUCCGUACGCCGACCGCCGGGAUUCUCCUCCGCCGCCGCCGCUCUUCCGCUACUGCAAGGAUGAUUCCACGGCCGACAUCUUGUUCCCGGACUGGUCCUUCUGGGGUUGGCCUGAGACCGAUAUAAAGCCAUGGGAGACGCUGAGAGAGGAGCUAAAAGAAGCGAACCAGAGGAUGAGUUGGAUGAAAAGAGAGCCAUAUGCUUACUGGAAGGGCAAUACGCACGUGUGCAAGACUCGGCGGGAGGUGUUGCGGUGCAACGUGUCGUAUGGCAAGGAAUGGAAUGCUCGGAUAUACCAGCAGGACUGGCGUAGAACGGUAAAGGAAGGGUUUAAGGGAUCAAAUUUAGCCGACCAAUGCACGCAUAGGUAUAAGAUUUUUAUCGAAGGGAGCUCUUGGUCGGUGAGCGAAAAGUAUAUUUUGGCGUGCGACUCGCCGACGCUGUACGUGAAGACUCGGUUCCAUGAUUUCUUCUCGAGGGGGCUGGCUCCUGGACGCCAUUACUGGCCCAUUACAGACAGGGAUAAGUGUAGGUCGAUCAAGUUUGCAGUGGAUUGGGGCAACUCCCAUAAGAAAGAGUUCUACUUUUGCAUUUGA